AUAAUAAAAGGCAGUCUCUCUCUCUAUUAUUCCUCAUCUAACUCGAAGAAACACCGUCCCUUUUUCGAUAUCAGAGUUAAGCGACCCAAAUCGACAACCUAAGAAAAUAUCAUGUCUUCAAAUUGUGCUGCAAGUGAAGGUCCAAGAGAAAGGGUAUUAGUUACCGGAGGAGCCGGUUACUUAGGAUCAACGUUAGUUCCAAUGCUCUUAAACCGAGGCUAUGAGGUCACGGUAUUCGAUAGACUAUCAUGGGGCGUUAAUCCUUUACUACCCGUGGCUGGCGACUCAAAACUACGCUUGAUUCAAGGUGACGUCUGUAACGAAGAGGAAUUAGCUGCGGUUAUGAAAGAUGCCGAUGCAGUUAUCCAUUUGGCCGCCAUCGUAGGUUAUCCCGCUUGCGAGAAGGAUCACGAAUUGGCAAAGAGGGUAAAUGUUGAAGGUACUCGAAACGUAACCAAAUUGCUCGCCAAUCGGAAAGUAAUUUAUGCCUCCACUGGUUCAUGCUAUGGGGCUGUCUCGGGAGUAUGUACCGAAGACACACCAAUCUCUCCUUUAACGUUGUAUGGAUCAACCAAAGCUGAGGGUGAGAGAUUAUGUCUUGAAGCUGGGGGCGUUGCCCUGCGAUUGGCUACAGUCUUUGGCGUUUCUCCUCGUCUUCGUUUAGAUUUACUAAUUAAUGACCUAACAUACAAAGCUUUAACAUUGAAAGAAUUCGAUCUUUAUCAAGGGCAUUUCCGUCGUACAUUUCUUCAUGUUAGAGAUGCUGCUAGGGCUUUUAUUUUUGCUCUUGAGCAUUUCAAUGACAUGCGCAAGAAAGCCUACAACGUUGGAGAUGAUAAAAUGAAUAUGUCUAAAGAAGAAGCCGCUAAAGUCAUUCAAGAUGAAGUGAAAAAUUGUAAAAUUACACCUAACCACUCAGGAGAAGAUAAAGACAAACGUGAUUACGAAGUCUCUUAUCAGAAACUCUGCUCUCUAGGCUACUCAUCAACGAUAUCUGUUCAAGAUGGCGUAAAAGAAUUAUUAAAAAUUCUACCUCACAUGACUCCUGAAGAAGCUAUGAAAUGCCGUAACGUCUAG